GUGGAUGAAAGAAACAGCAGAACUCUACAGAGUUAAACUGGAAAAGACUUGUCUAAUCAACCCGCAGCUUAUAAUUGUUUCUUUUUAAUAAGUGUUUUGAAGCAACAAAGUCAAGAUAACCUCAUGUCAGACAUGUCGAACACACAUUUAAUUCUGAGAGGAAGCCGUCUUUCAUGGAGUUUUAUUCCAUCAGGUCGACAGCUCCCCAGGACUCCUCCUUUGCCGAAUGUAACUAAACGCCUGACUUUUUGUGAUAAAGAUUCAAAUGAGGAUAAGGAGCCACAGCUGAAAAUGGAGGCCGAUACUAGAGAUCAGGAUGGCAAUAACCAAAACACGACGUUUGAUUUCAACACAACUGGGACAAAAAAAGAAAACAUUUCAGAACCAUGUGAUCCUAACUCAAUGCUGAAAGGGAUGAAGGGGUAUCAGCUGACACCAAGUGACUUGGAGUUUAUUGAAAAGAUGGAAAAAGAUAAACUUGUUAAAAAACUGCAGCAAGACCUGGAAGAGGUGCAGCGGUCAUUAAAAAAUGAAAUGAUGUCCAUGGAGCUGGUGUAUGCUUCCAGGGAGAUCACGCAAGCUGUACUCGAAAAUUUCCCAUCCUGUGAGGACCUCACUAAGUGGGUAAAGGUGGUCCUCAACAUGACAUCACCAUCGACCGAGUUAACAAACCUAGACACUAAGUCUCUCCUGGCCAUGGUGACGAAAGAAACCAUUCAAAGAGUCGCGGAUAAGAAGAAGCUAGAGCUCACUCGGAUGGAGAAGAUGCUGGCAAACAAAAAGAAGAAAGAGGCUCAAGAGAGAGGGCAGCUUGAAAAACAAAUUGCCAGUGAACGGCUGAAGAUACAGGGCUCAAUGAGCCAGUUAUCAGACCUGAAAUCUGAACUCGCACAACAAAAGGAAGCCUAUAAAGCUCUUGAACUACAGAUCAAAACCAAAGAAGAGCCAGAAAUUAAAGCAGAAGAAGCAGACACAUCAGAGGAACUACAAGCCACUAAACGCAGAGGAAAGAGAACACAGGCUGUUAAAUCUACUGAAAAGUUGCAAGCCGCAAAAAAACAAAGUAAAUCAACAAGGAGCAAACCCACAGACGGUAAAACAGACAGACAGACAAGUGUGAAAGAUGAUCAUGCAGAUAAGAACGCAAGUGAAACUCUGAAGACGAAACGGACUUCUGGAGCUGCGGCAGAAAAGCUGACAAAGUCGGUUAAAGAAGCCAGAGGCCCACAGAAGAAAGAAGCCAGAGGGCCACAGAAGAACGUUGUGAAACAAGAGUCAAAUUCACAGGAGUCUGUGCAAGCUGUUGGAGGUAGAAGAAAGCCUCCUGGAACCACACGGACCGUAGCUUCACGACUGAAAAAUCAAAGUCACGUGAAAACUGGGGACUCUCCGUCCACGUCACAGCAGGCGGCUCCCUCGCAGGGCAGAAAGCAGGCUGCUGUAGCUGCAGGUGAUGCUGCAGAGGAGGCCCAAAAUACUGUUCUGAGAAGAUCCAAGAGGAUAGCCAGCAGAACGUGAAUGUCUUUUAGCUGUUCUGUUUAAGGGCGCUUUAGUGCAGGCUGCUGACACCACAACGAACUGUUUUGCCAUAAAAGCAACGCUGGUGAUCCUGACUUCUCCUCUAGUGCCACCAUGAGGUUGACAUUUGUGGUUUUCAGUGAAAUUUCUGAUGUCCCAGGAUGUCGGGAUAGUGAUUGACUUAGUCUUGUUGCUAAAAUAAUUCCUACAAUGUGAUUAUUUUGUUUUAUAUUUUUUAGUUUUGUAUAUUGUAAAUGCUUUAUCAU